CGUGAUGAUGCGAGAAAUCUAUAAGUAGGUACGUACCGGAAGUGGAUCUCUCUAUACCAUCCAAGAAGGAAAGAACACGCAGUACAACUCUCGUUCAUUAGCCAGCACUUUCCCCACGAAAAGGAAAGGAAAACAUCCAGAACCGAUGGCCGAGCUGCAGGGGAGCAAGCCGACGAGCUGGUGGAGGAGGUUCCGGUGGCUAUACGCGGCGCGGUGCACGUUAGCGUGCGUGGUCACAGUGGUGGCGGUGGUAGUGAUCGUCCGGGCGGUGGUUGUGAUGCUCCGCCCGGAGAAGCUCCAACUGAAGCUCGCCGGCGGCCGCGUGGCUGUCGACUACAUCCCGUCGCUGCCGCCGCCGGGCAACGUCGUGGUGCUCACGUUCGUCCUAAGGGCCAACAACCCCGGUGGGCGCGCCACCAUUGUUUACGCCAACGUCACCGUCCGGCUCACGGACGCGUCGGCGUUGGCAGCGAAGAUCACCGAGUUCGACCUGCCGGAUCCCAUCGAGGUGGCGCAGCGGACAAUGCGCGAGGCGAGCACGAAAGUGGUGCUGGAGCCGCCGGAGGACCUGCCGAUGCGGUACGUGCACGCACUCUACGAGGGGCGCGGCGUGCCCGGCGCGGAGAUGGAGCUGACCGGGAUCUUGUCCAGCCACGUGGGCGUGGCGAUGGCCACCACCAGCGUCGUCGUCACCACGUACUACUGCUGGCCGGUGACCAUCGCCGUCGGCGCUCCGGACUCCGCCGCCGACGUGACCUGCUUCGACAAGCGGGACGCGCCGGCCCAUGUGUGAUCAAUCAAGCGCCCGAGCUAGGGUACUGGUACCCACCUAUCUGUUGAUUGUCGUAGGCUCGAUGAUUCGUGCAUGGUUGAUGAUGCCUGCCAUGCUCAGUUAUUUGCGUUGAAUUGAUUGUGCCUGCGUGUGUCAUCACACUGCUCUCUGCAGUGCGGUGCAGUGCAGCAGCGAGACCUGCUUGACGAGUACAUUGACCUGCCCAAGUCUUCGUUGUACCAUUUCCCGUACGUGAAGGUUUUUUUUAUUUUGA